AUGCAACUAGAGGUAAACAAUACGACCCCUGGACAAGAGAAAAAGAACAUCAACCCUCGAGAGAAUAACCAAGAUUACGUUCCCGAAAGUGAAAGUGAUGACGAUGAGUUUGGUAUUUCUGCAGAUGCAAAUGUAAUAACACAAGCUUCAACGUCAAAGAAGAAAGAAAGGACUAGGGAACAACCUCCUCGUAAGAAUAAGAAGCAGCCACUAUGUCCGGCAAUGGAAAUGGAUGAUUUCGUUAUGAUUAUACAUAAAUUUGAAGCAGAAAUUACUGCAUUUCUUUUUGUUUGUUCUUCUCAUUUGGAUGAUUUUUCCUAUGUUUUGGGUUGGGGUGCUAAAAAUAAAGGUCGUGGACCAACUAAUAUGUUUGAAGUCCAUGCUCGCAAAUUGGAAGCCCGUGUUCUUAUCUAUUGUAAUGACAAAGGACAACCUAUUGGUCCAGAAAAAGAUAGGAAAGAGCUUACUCGGUUCUUAGGAACUAUUGCUCAUGACUACAAUUGGGCCCCUUUAACUGACACAAAUUGGCAAAAAGUUCUAAACAAGGACAAAAUAUGGGAGUAUGUGAAAAGCAAGUACAUCCUUCCACCUGAAUCUGAAGAGUGGGUAUAUGAAACCCUUGAUCAAUCUUGGAGAGGAUUCAAAUGUAGGCUUAAAAAGCUACAUUAUUAUGCAUAUGACAGCUAUGAGGAGAGAUUGGAACAUCCGCCGGAGAGAGUGCCUGAAGCACAUUUCAAAACACUUCUAGCUUAUUGGGAGACUAAUCCAGCAAAGAAAACAAGUUUGCAGAAUUCGGAAAAUCGCAAAGAGCAAGACAAUAUGCACACAAUUGGUCCGGUGUCAUUUGCCAUACGUUAUAACAAGAUGUUGCGUGAAAAUGGUAAGGCACCAUCAAAAAGAGAGAUGUUUGAAGAGACUCGUCGUCGAAAAGAAGGAAAACAAGCCAUGCGGGAAAUGGAGGAAUUACAAGCUGAUCAGAAUAAUGAAUCUCAUAAGGAUUCAUUUGAUGAAGUGAUGGGAAAUGCACCGGGUUCAAAAAGACUACAUGGACUAGACGAGGUCAUGGACUCUAUCACAAAAGCUGUAACUAAAGACGUGCAAAAGGAUAUGAUCACUCAAAGAGAGGAAUUUGCAAAGGAAAGAGAAGCUCAUGCUGCUGAAAUGGAAAGAAUGUCAGAGGAAUUUGAGUCCCAAGCCUCAAAAUUACACAAUAUGAUCAAGAAACCUGAAGAACCUGAAACUCUUGAUUCAAUUGUUGCUUCACUUGGACGACUACGGAAAAAGGACCCUAGCUUGGCCGCAGAAAAUAUUGCAGCAGUUUUGGUGUCUACCCUUUAA